AUGGGAGGCCUCAGAAGUGACGUCAAAGCUUCAGGAGCCAAUGGGAGGCCUUGGAGUUGUUGUCAUAGCCUCAGGAGCCAAUGGAAGGCCUCAGAAGUGACGUCAAAGCUUCAGGAGCCAAUGGGAGGCCUUGGAGUUGAUGUCAUAGCCUCAGGAGCCAAUUGGAGGGCUCAGAACCAAUGGGAGGCCUUGGAAGUGACGUCAGAGCCUCAGGAGCCAAUGGGAGGCCUCGGAAGUGACGUCACAGCCUCAAGCCAGUCACAUGUGGCAAGAUUUGGAGUCAGUGCUAAUGGAGGAGGUGGGGUCGGCGCCCCCCCCUACCACCACCACCACCACCACGACCCUCCCGCUGCCUCCCACCCCCCCAGGCCCAGAGCAGGAGGGGGAAGGGGGAGGGAGACUGCCAAGCCUCCCCCCCAUCACCUCCGCCUUCCCCCACCAUCACCCCCCACCCCAUUACUACCCCCAGUACGUCCCCCACCCUCAGCCCCCCUACCACACCCCCCCUACUGCCACCCCAGGGUUGGAGGGCCCCCACCACACCCCCACGCCACAGUACACCCCCCCACACCCCCAACACACCCAGCCACACCCCCUCCACACGCCCACGCCCACUGGAACACACCCUCAGAGCACCCACGCCUUCCCCCAACACACCCCCUCCUUCCCUCCCCACCCCCCCACCCCCUGUACCAGUAUUGGGGAGGGGGCGGCAUUGUCCUCACCCCCCCUUCCUCCCCGCGUGCCCCUGGGGUAGUGGCGGCCCCUGUGCUGUGCCCCCCUGCCCUGCCGCCCAGCGCGCAGGCCCCGCCACGCCCACGCCGCAGGAGAAGUCGCCGGCGAGUCAUCAUCCACACGUGCCCACAGCCUGCGUGUCUCAAGACAUACACAAAGUCCUCCCACCUGAAGGCGCACCUGCGCACGCACACGGGGGAGAAGCCGUACACGUGCCGGUGGCGCGGGUGUGGGUGGCGGUUCGCGCGCUCCGACGAGCUGACGCGCCACUACCGCAAGCACACCGGCGACCGCCCCUUCCAGUGCAGGCUGUGCGACCGCGCCUUCUCGCGCUCUGACCACCUCAGCCUCCACAUGAAGCGACACUCCGCGGCGGCGGCGGCGGCGGCGGCGGCGCCGGCACACCCUGCCCUGCCCUAGCGGCGUGCUGAACGACAGUCUUGAGUGCAGCGGGUUUCCAACUGAGGUCUCAUUUCGGUACUUCAGCUGACCACAGUACCAACCCCCCUCCCCUCUCCUCCUCUCCCAUCCCUCCUCUCCUACCCCUCCCUCGUGUUAUCACCCCCCGCCCCGCUCCUCACCCCCUCGUGUCCCAGGCAGCGUGGGCCGUCUGUCGUGGCGCCCGUCACUGCCUGGAGGCACUGCGGGCACCAUCAACCCAGUAUGUUAAGUGUUUUGUAUCAAUAAAUUAUUACUAAGAUGA